AUGUCGCCUAAACACAACGACGACGAUAGUAAUAGCAGCAGCAGCAACAAUGGCAAUAGUUGCUUACCUUUACAAUUUUCCAAGAUGGCCAACAAACUAAACUCGGAAAUACUAAAAACUUUUUGCUACUUGAUGCUGUGCACGUCUUGGAUACUGGGGGCGUUUGCUUCGCCCUUAGAGAAGCGUGAUACAUCAGCAGGGCAGCAGAAUCAAGAGAAUGUUCGUAAAAUUACGGCGCACACAGUAAUUCUUGGAAUAAUUUUAAUUAUCGUCGGAGUGAUUUAUUGUUUCUUUGGUCGUAGAUUUUAUCGAUUGACUAUGUUUUUGUUAGGAUUCUAUGUUGGAUCAUUAAUCACCUGGGUAAUUCUAACAAACGCUGAACCAAACAAUGGCUACGGAAAAGCCGCCUCCGUAAUACUCUUAGUAGUCUCACUAGCUGUCGGAUUGAUCAUCGGCCUUAUCACAAUGUGCUGUGCAGACCUAGCAGUCUGGAUACUAGGCGGCCUCGCAGGCUACACAGUCGCGCUCUUUAUUCUCGCAUUAGCCGACAACGGAAUAAUUCACUCAAAGGCCGGACGAAUAAUCUUUAUCCUAAUAUUCAUCAUAGCCGGCUUCCUCUUAAUGUUCUUCUUCAAGAACAUCAUGAUAAUCUUGAGUACGGCGUUUAUCGGCGCGUAUAGUAUCAUUUUGGGUCUUGAUAUGUUUGUCAGAACGGGAUUCAAAGAGUCGGUGAGAUUGUUUAUGGAUGGAAACCAUGAUAUUGUUUAUAAUGCGACUUGGAAGGUUUACUUGAUGUUGGCUGCGUUGUUGGCGUUGUUUAUUCUUGGAUCUAUUUUCCAAUGGAGCUAUCAUCGUGAUCGACAUUUCGGAUAUCUUCUGCAAACAAUGCCUUCCGAGAAGAAGAGAACCUCACUGCUUCCGCCGCCUGGUCUUCAGUAUCAUACACCACCUCAAGAUACUCUAGUUGACGACUUGAGGUACGCGCUUGAGCAUUCACGAGAACUAUUUGCUGACAUUGCGUGGGAGUUCUCAAUGUCUCUUAAACCGACAAUCAUCUACGCACACAAAUCAAUUCUGUAUGCGCGAAGUUCGCGUUCAUUUCAAGAGAGAUUCCUGAAAAAUAAGGAUGCAAAUGGAAUGUCUAUACGAUCAGUGCGGAUAUCCAAUACAGAACCUAUUGCUGUAAAGACAGAUGCGGACCCUUAUUUUUUUAAACAAGAAUUAAAAUUUUUUUAUACCGCAGAAGAAGGCAGUCAAGAGUUUCUGGCAGCUGUUGACACAACGGAAGAGCUGGAACAAGAAAAAUUAAAAGAGGAUUUACUUUACAUGUUGAAGUCUAAAUUGUACACGGACGUUGAAUUAAUACUGUCAAUGUCUGAGGAAUCUCUGGAGAUCUUCCCAGAUGAAGACUUUACUUCGACGUCACAUCGCGCUCAUAGAUUUAUGUUAGCUUCGAGGUCAGAAUAUUUUAAAGCCAUGCUUAGUUCACAAUUCAUUGAAGCUCGCGUGCCAUCGGUCCAUCUAGAUGCUACGAUAUUUACUCCAACAUCACUCAAUGUGAUUCUCUCAUUCAUUUACACUGGAAAUUUAACAUCGUCAUCGAAGAAGCCUCUUACUCUAGAGACAAUUGAGAUGGUAUGGAUAGGUGCUGAUUUUCUCGGGAUAAAAACUUUAUGCGAUGAAUGUAUUUAUCGUAUAGCGACAAAAGUUCAUGCAUUCGCUUGCACUUGUAUAGAAUGUCAGACAUUUAUACCUCGUAUUGCAAGCUUUGCAAAAGAGCACUCUAUAGAUAAGCUUUGGCAUGGAUGUCUACAUGUUCUAUCAGAAGGCUUUGAUGAUAUGUGGCCGCAAAAAAUAUUUGCGGAACUCGAAGAAGAAACAAGAGAAGAAGUUGUAUUAACAUUACUGUCCAACAUACAAAGUCAUAAUAUCGUCGCUACAUUUAAAGGAUGUCGACGAGUAUUGGCGCAGAUAGAAGUCAAAGGAAUCGGAUUACCGUGGAUCGAGAUAGUACGUGGUUCAAUCAAUCAGGUGCGCUCGUAUACUGCCGGGAUGUUGGUGGACAAUUUUGUGCAGUUGUGUGAGAAUGAUGCUGAAUUUUUAGAUUGUGUAGAUGGUGUCGGUUUUAGUUCCGAUUUGUUAGAGGACAUUAUGAAUGUGGUAGUUGAUGAAGGACUAACUGAGCAGAAUGCCGGUACGGUGCUUAAAUGUAUUACUGGCAAUCUAUUGAUGAGAGAAGCUGUUAAGGAUGCACAGAGUAUGGAAACGAAAAGGAUUUUGGUGCAAGCUAAACAGAAUGUUUACGAGUAUAUGAAAAAACGGUGGAUAGGGAUUAAACAGAUUGGUGGUUUCCAAGGGUUAAGCGAUUGGUUAUUGAGCGAAUUUGCGCAAGAUCUUGGUACUACGACCGCAGAAUUAACUGAGGAUGUUGAAGUUGCUGCCUCUUCCUCAUCCGCAGCUACUGCUACAACCGAACAAAAGCCACCAACUAAAGCUCGAGCUUCAAAUUCAACAAACGGAAUUCGUGACAGUGGAAAACAUUCCUCAUCUUCACCUGCUUUCAAAAUAAAUAGAACAGCCACUGCGCCAUCAACAAAAUCAAAGGCACCAUCAAGCAAUUCAUCAAAAACUAAUUCAGCGACGACAUCACCAACAUCAGCCACACCCUCUACCACAACACUUAGAAGAGCGGCAACAACCAAUAGCGUAAUAUCUUCAAAUGAUGCUGCUUCAUCAUCGACGAGUGGAUCAUCAAAUAGUAAUAAUAUAAAUGGAUCCAAUUCAAAUUCAUCAGUCGCAGAAAUUAAUACUAGAAAAACUAAAAGUGUCCGAAUAGCAGCAGCUGCAUCAACAUUCGGUAGACCUACACGAGCAAGUGUAUUACGUCAAAAAGCAUUGGCUGAAGCUGCUAUGAAAAAUCCAGUAAAGAAAAGAACAUCUACAGCACCAUCAAGGUUAUCUACAGCACCAUCAAGACUAUCUACAGUCAGUACGAAUAAUUCAAAGACUGCUAAUACUUCAACUAAACCAAAAACAUCUGCGUCUGCUCGGGCCUCGAGAUCUUCAUCAACCUCAUUACUUCAAGUACCAGGAACUUCUUCUUCAUCAUCGACAUCUCAGACGCGAGGCCGUAAUUCAACUAAACAAACAAACGCUUCAACAGCUUCAUCUCGAGCAAGCUCAAUAUCAUCUGCACAUUCACAGAAAUCCCCAUCUGUUUCCCCAAGUCGAUUUAGCGGUGUACGGCAAACACGUGCAAGCAUGUUACGCCAACUUAAAUUUGACGAGACAGAACAACGUCGUGGUCGAGAUACAGAGAGAUCAAAUGCUUCUCCAGCAUCUUCACGAGCAAGUUCAAUUGCAUCAGUUUCAUCGGUAGCAAGUUCGACAGCAUCAUCAUCAGCUGUUCACCCGAAACGAUCUCCAUCGCAAUAUUCCACCUCAACUACAAUGACUUCAACGUCAACUGGAUCAAUCAGCAGUUUACCUGCGAAACCACAUCAAAUCAAAUUAUCAACUACUAAAGAUCCGGAUAUUUCAGUAGGUAGGAGAGUAAUUUUACCGACAAAGAAUAAUGCACCUGGAACCAUACAAUUCUUGGGUGAAACUGAGUUUGCAAAGGGUCAUUGGGUGGGAAUAGAAUUAGAUAAUCCUGUCGGAAAGAAUAAUGGAACAGUGGCCAAUAUUCAAUACUUUGAGACUGCAUCGAAUCAAGGAAUAUUUGUUCGACCAGACUCAAUAUUAAUCAUUUAA